CGCGCGUGCUUCGUGCCUCGCCGGACGAGCGGGCCGCGUUGGGCUCAUAUCAGCUGAUAGCACGGAGGUGUACGGACACGCCCUACUGUGUGUAACUGUGGGCGUUUAACUUUUACUACCAAGACUUGAAAACUACCAACAGCGUUUCUGAGCAUUACCUGUUUUUUAUUGUGGAGCUCAGAUCAGGUGGCUGGUGGGCAGCGGGUUCCGGCGGCUCUGGCCGGCCAUGUCCGACGGCGGCAUGCCCGAGGUCAGCGUGGACCAGGGGCCCGCCCGCCGGCUCAGCUGGACCAGCGUGCAGCUCCCGGCCGCGCUGGCACCGCACGACAGCCCCGCCGCCUCGGCGCAGAGCUGCGCCAGCUCGCCGGCGCCGCCGACGCCCUCCUUCCCUCCUCCGCCGCCCUCCCAGCCGCCCGCCAGCGCGUCGACCUCCUGCGCGACCCUGCAGCUGCCCGUGUGUCCACCGGCACCGCAGGACGCCGAGCCCGCGGACGAGGACUCGCUGGACGAGCGCUGCGCGGUGGGCGCGGCCGCUGCGCCCGGGCCGCCGGCCGCUGACGCGCUGGCCGCCCGCCUGCGAGCCGACUCGGUGGACAGCGGCGACAUGAGCGUGCUGGGCGUGGCGCUGGUGGCCAACUGCCACGUGUCGCUGGUGAUUUUCGGCCUGUUCUUCCUGGCGGCCGGCAGCCUGCUGUGUGUGAUCGCGUUCCGCGCGCCCACCUCGGCCGCCAACGACGUGCAGUCGCGCGUGGCGGGCACGUUCUUCCUGUGCCUGGCGGCCGUGAUGUGCACGUUCGGACUGUGUCUGUGCCGGCUCGACUACCAGCUGUCGCGGCGCGACCAGGAGAAGGGCGCCGCCGACACCGGCGACUGCUACAUCCACGACGACACGAGCCGGUGUCACCGGGUGCUGCCGAGCAUCCAGCGCGCGCGACGCUCCACGCAGCGCGCCAAGCGGCACGUGCUGCGCCAGCUGGACGAGCGCUGGACGUCGGCCGCCGCCGGCCGACACCGCGAAAAGACCUUCUCGUCCAUAGAGCUGCUGACGUCGGCGUCCACGGAGUCCGUCAGGUGUGGGAAGUGUAACGAAGCCUCGUCGUCCUACGGUGCAAUGGAAAGCUCAGACGUCGCCAGCUUUCCGUCCUGAGGCCAAGUCCAAGCACUUGUGGCGCAUGGGGCCGUUUAGAUACACACGAUGGCUGCCUCACAAAACCAGUGCUCACUGCUCGUAUCUUCAAGGGCCGACGGAUUUUGCACGGAUGUGUCAAUUUUGUUAAUAUGCGAGAGAAACGUUAAUGGUAUUGGCUUACGUAUUGGCUAUGGUAUUGGCCAAACGUUACCGCUAUUGGCUUCGGAACAGGUGACAUACCUACAUACUGAAUACUGGUAUACUUACGUGAAACAAUCAGAAUUCAGAAUGAUGUCGCUCAACUCGCUCGCUGUGAAGUGCUGAAGUGUCUUUUAUAUUCAAUCUUGUCAAACGUGUUUCCUGAAACGUAAUACUGUAAGUAUGGUAUAUACAUUGUGCACUUUGUUGUUGCUACCUUUAUCGCGCACUGUAUUUGUACAUAACUGUUAUGAGCAAUAGCAAUACACUGCUACGAA